UGAUUUUUUUUCUGCGUCUACAAUCAGUGUAGGAGGCUUCACUGCAUUUGGAAAAGAGAUGAAACUUCUUGUGUUGUGUGUUGUGUUUGUCCGGGUGCAUGUAGCGCUGCUCAUGGCUGAGGAAGAGCCCAGAGCAUCACCAACCCACUGCAUCUUCCGUCAACCAGAUCUCUGGAAUCCUGAAAAACCUCAAACUCUGUUUGCCCGAAGGGGAUUCACAGAGUAUCAAAGAUUGCAAGCAAUGAAACCACUUGGUGAUCCUGUGUUGAAAGCCCCCCGCUGUUCGAAAUUGAAAGAGAACUGUGCUCCAGGCUCACACUCGCAUUGCUGUGAUCCCUGUGCCUCCUGUCACUGCCGCUUCUUCAGUACCAUCUGCCGCUGCUGGAAACUGGACCGUUCCUGCCAGAGCUGAGACGGUUCGAGUUAAGGAUAACCCUGAGAUAGGAGCUCAGAACCUUCGACAGAACUAUAAUCUUUGAGCUACCACAAACUACUAAAAUAAAUCCACAGAUUAUUUUCUUAUGUACAAAC